CAAAUGCAGCUUUUCAUGAACGGAACCACCGGCAGUGAAGACUGUCUCUAUCUUAACAUUUGGGUUCCUCACGGCUCCUCAGGUAAAGACCAACAGAAGCCCACAGACCGUCAUCCAGAAUACAACACUACAGCUGUCCCUCUGUCCUUUAGUGUCCAAAGAUUUAGCCGUCAUGGUGUGGAUCUACGGAGGAGGUUUUACCUAUGGAAACUCAAUAGGUCAUUUCAGCAACGCCAACCUUUACAACGGGCAGCAGAUCACAGAGAGAGGAAAUGUUAUCGUGGUGUCAGUAGGGUACCGGGUCGGAACUCUGGGCUUCCUGAGCACCGGAGACUCCAGUUUACCUGGAAACUAUGGUCUGUGGGACCAGCAGGCUGCCAUCGCCUGGGUGCACAGAAACAUCCGCUCAUUUGGAGGAGACCCUGACAACAUAACCGUCUUCGGAGAGUCUGCAGGUGGAGCUAGUGUUAGCAUGCAGACUCUAACUCCCCACAACAGAGGACUGAUCAGGAGAGCCAUCUCCCACAGUGGGGUGGCGCUUUGCUCUUGGGCUGUCCACAGAAACCCCCGCAGUGUGGCUGAGCAGUAUUCGUCAGACCCUGUGAUAUUGAAAAUGUACCUGCUUCCUGUGAUUGACGGUGACUUCCUGCCGGAUGAGCCCUCCCACUUGUUCCACAAUGCGGCCGACAUCAACUACAUGGCUGGAGUCAACAACAUGGACGGAUUUAGCUUCACUACUGCCGAUAUUCCAUCACUCAGCUCUGAGCAGGUGGACACUCCGAUAGAGGAUACGAAGAGACUCUUAGCUGCCUACACUAAGGACAAGGGUUCCGCUGGUGCAGAAAAUGCCUUCUCAACAUACACCUCAACCUGGGAAACUAACCCCAGCCAGGAGACCAUCAAGAAAACAGUUGCGGAUAUUGGAACAGACUAUAUGUUCCUGGCUCCUACACAGGCUGCACUUUACCUUCAUGCUACCAAGGCCACAACCAAACGUACCUACUCCUACCUAUUCUCUGAACCCAACCUUUAUGCCAGCUGGAUGUACCCCCGCUGGAUGGGAGCCGACCACUUUGAUGAGGUGCAGUACGUGUUCGGAAGGCCGUUCACCAAAAGUGACAAGUACUGGCCUUACAAUCGGGACCUCUCCGGCUACAUGAUUACCUACUGGACCAACUUUGCCAAAACUGGAGAUCCCAACCAAGGAGGCGUGGAGGUGCCUGUGAGCUGGCCCACGUUCACCAGCACUGGACAGGAGUAUCUGGAGAUCCACCAUGACAUGGACCAAAGCUGUGUGAAGCAGAACAUGAGGCAGCGUUAUGUGUAUUUCUGGACCAGCAUCCUGCCCAACCUUCCUUCAGUCUGUUCACAAUAAAGAGGUGAUGAUCACCUAUGCAUCUGGAACGCAAAAAUUUAUCAGCAUCAAUUCAUGAAAAAUAAAUGAAAGAUAGCUGCAUAUAUUAUUUUAUUGGUGUGUUUAAAUCUACAACUUCGCCAUAGAACACCAACACUGUCAACAGUAUGACCAUAUACAUUUCAUAAAAGUAAAAAAUAUAUAUAUAUAAAAGUUAAACAUAUGCACAGCAGGGCGUCCCUCAGGGUUCUGUGCUGGGUCCAUUAUUAUUCACUCUUUACAUAAAUAAUCUGAAUAUUCCAAACUCAACGAUUCAUUUCUACGCUGAUGACACCG